AUGGAAGGUGCAAUGGAUGCAUUAUCCAAGAUUUGUGAAGAUGUUCCCCAAAUUAUUGACGCUGAUGUACCAGGGUUAGCAGAGCGUCCCAUCAAUAUAUUUCUUCCUAGAUUGUUUCGGUUUUUCCAAUCACCUCAUGCUUCAUUAAGAAAGCUAUCGUUGGGUUCUGUCAAUCAAUACAUUAUGUUGAUGCUUUCUGCCUUAUGUGUAUCCAUGGAUCAAUAUCUUCAAGGUCUGUUUAUUCUUGCAAAUGACCCUACAUCAGAAGUGUGGAAGUUGGUCUGUGCAACAUUUGUUCAGCUGAUCGAAGUCCAUCCAUUAGUUCUUGCAGCACUAUUGAGCUUGAAUUUUGAGAUACUUUCGGAGAUAUUUGUAAAUGUUAUUUCUGAGUUGAUACAUCCGGGAGUAUUGUUGGUGCUGCCACAAGUUAGAAUUCUGAAAAGCAAAUUAGAUAGGUCAGUGAGAACUUUGAUCAUGAGCUCGAUGGAUCAAACACUAUCUUGGCAUUGA